UUGGAUUAAUGCAGCCCAUUUAAAAUUUGGGUUAGCCCAAAAAAGUCCUUAUUCUCUCCUCGCUCUCGUUCUUCUCAGCUCCGCCACCGCCGUCCACUCACUCGUAUCGUCUCCGGGGCCACCGUCCAGCUCAUCUCGCCCUGCUGCAGUGAACCACCACCAACUGUAGCUAGUAAGCGUCAGUGCAAUUUUUCUUCUGCCAAGUGAGUUCAGAAAAAAGGGUGAUUUAUCCUUAGGAAUUUAAUGGAGAAGGAUAGACCCGACGGAAGGAGUCCCAAUCAACUGAGGCCCCUGGCUUGCUCUCAUUCUGUCCUCCACCGGGCCCAUGGUUCAGCCACAUGGGCUCAAGGAGAAACCAAAGUCCUUGCUGCAGUUUACGGACCUAAGGCCGGAACCAAGAAGAAUGAGAAUCCAGAGAAAGCUUCCGUUGAAGUUAUUUGGAAGCCUAAUACAGGACACAUUGGUCAAGUUGAUAGGGAGUAUGAGAUGAUAUUGAAGAAAACCUUGGAAAGCAUUUGUAUUCGUACCAUAUAUCCUAACACCACCACUUCUGUUAUAGUUCAGGUUGUCCAUGAUGAUGGUGCUCUUCUUCCAUGUGCAAUAAACGCUGCAUGCGCUGCACUCGUGGAUGCUGGAAUUCCCCUAAAACAUCUUGCUGUUGCAAUAUGUUGUUCUGUAACGGAUAGUAAUUGUAUAAUAUUGGACCCUUCCAAACAAGAAGAAGAGUUUUCCCCCCAUCAAGCCACACCGACAUCCUUAUCUCUAGCGCAUCAAUAUCAAUUUAAACCAUACAGUUUCUCCACCAAACCAUUUAUGGCUGGUCCUGGCCGCUUGUCAUCACUGAUUACUGAAGGUGGUGAAACUUUGUUCUUUUUUUUGCCAUGGGAUUUCUCAUUCUAAGUGUGCAGUUCUAUCUUUUGAUGAAAUUCAUGAUUUGUUGGGUUGAUGCAUGAACCAAGAGUUUAGAUGAGUGGGUUAUAUUGUACAGGCUGAUGGGAAAUCAGGGGUGAUUGGGUUCAUGGUGGGUGCCUUUGUGUGGGGCAUUGUACUAAAGAUUAUUCUAACAUCUACUUGUAUGAAAGCUACAGUUGAGAACUUAAGAGUUAUUCCUUUAUUGUGUGAAGAGUUUUUUUUUCUUUCUUUUGUGAUGAAAUUCUGCUAUUGACAUGUAACUUCACGGCUCUUUAUUGUAUGUUCUGAUUUAAAACUCCCAAGCUCAUUAGUACUAUGGGAAUUUACUUAUCCAUUUCAUAAUUUUUGUGAAGUGUGAAAAUAAAACUACCCUACAUGACACAAUUUUGCGUACUAGAAAUAGAUGGCUUCCCAAUUAAGUUGGAUAGUUGGAUGUAUACUUACUGCGAAGUCUCCUAUUAUCCUGUCUAUGAUAAUUGUACAGUUAAAAUAUUUAAAAUUUAAACCAAUAUCUGAAGUAGAAUUAUGCAUCCAAUAGACACCGCUUGCCUGAUUUUAGAAAAUGUUAAUACAAUGUUACUUUUAAAUGUUUAAUUGCAUGCUGUAAGGUUUAGUGGAACCGGAACACAGCAUUUGUGUGACAAACCCAUAAACGUGCAUGACUGUUUCUAUCUUCAUGUCUCUGUGGUUCAAACAAAUUCAUAAAUUGGAGAUCUUGAUUCCAUGUUGCCCGCGUACUCUAUUCUAAUUC